GUUUACAUUGUCAACAGGUGCGACCUACUCAGUAGCACAGAAGAGACGUGAAAAUGGCAACGUUUUAUUAGCUUUGCAGCGGCAGUGUUUCAUCAGUUCUUUGUGAGUGUAUUUGCUGAUGUUUUAAAAGGAACAUCUUCAGCUCAUAACGUAGAAUGGACCAGACUCUAGGGGAGAACCAGGCGGAGUGUUCAAAAAUAAAUGGUGGAACCUACACUAGUGAAAUAGACACUGAAGACACAGUCACUAGGCGUAACCACACAAAACCUGUGGAAGAUGGGACUGGUGGUAGGAUCACAUCGCAGCUGGAAAGAGGUUCAGAUAUUUUCCGUCAGUCGAGAAUUUCUCGUCAGAUCAAUUCAGCAUUUGGUUUUCUCGAUGAUCAGCUUGACGAUGUUGAUAAUAACUAUGAGGAAUCAGAUAAACUGGGUGGGACUGCUGAGUCUCACGUUCAAAAGUCUCAGAGUACACUUAAACAGAACUCAUGCACUGAUAACACCCCUGUAAUAGAGCAGAUUAGACCACCACAGCCGGGACUCGAUAAGAGCAAUUCUGCGGAAGUAUUACCCUUAUCUGAUAGGCAUCCUUCCCAGAAUGGGGUAAAACAUGAUUAUACAAGUGGUAAUGGAUCUUUGGACACGGAAUUGAGGAGCAGUAGUGAAGAACAUGGUGGCAAGCCAGUGUCCCUAAAUCACGAACCCCCAGUAAAAUCACCGUUAAGACCAGUCAUUAAUCAGCAAAGUUUGCCCAAGCUCAGUGCCCCAGAUGUAGUCAAACAUUCCAAUACAAACUGUGAUAAGAUUGUUGAAGUUGCUGAUAAUGAGGUCAGACCGAGUAUAGGAACGGUCAAUGGUGAAGAGACACAGGUGCCACCUGGUGAGCUAGCACCUGUGCUGCCACCUGGUGAGCGAGCACCUGUGCUGCCACCUGUAAUGGCACCUGGUGAACAUACCAAAGAUAGCACUGAAUCAACCCAGUCUGCUACAGCUGGUGCUGGCAGAGACUUCAAUAACCUUGAUGAAUCAGAAGGAGGCUGUGCUUCUCAAAAUAAUUCCUCACAGUCUGGCCAUCUCGCUGUUCAUGCCAGCUGUGGCACAGGAACCUGUCCACCUGGUGACAUGUCUGUGACACAGAGGGCUCCAUUGGAAAAUUUACAGUCGCAACAGACGACGUCUCUGGGAUCAGACAGUCUUAAUACCAAAAGCCUGGAUGCUUCACAAAACAAAGAAAACAAUGAAAAUCACCAAGCAUUUGGGAACGGUGUAACCUCUGAUGACAGGGAAAUAGAGAAAACAGGGGAUGUUAAUGCAGAAAAAGCACUUAACGUAAGUGGAACAAGGAUUAUGGACACUACCCAGUCCCAAGAGGUGGCACUACCAGUUGUCAGGAGGCUGAAGUCAACAAAGGCCAUGUCUCGGAGUCAGGAGUCUCUGGAAGGGAUUGUGUUGGCUGAUGGUCAGGGAAGAGCAGUGGAAUCUCCUUCUAAGAGCAGUGAUGAGACGGAUGAUGAGGAUGAAGGGAUGUAUGUGGAGAGUUAUCGUUCUUCUCGCUGGGUGUAUACUGGGGAGAAUGGCGACAUUUCACUGCUGCCACCUGGUGGAGAAAACACAGUUCCUAACGAAGAUGGGCAUACUGAAGAAGAGGUGCCAGUCGAAAAUCGUGUCCAAAAUUUUCUGCUGAACUCUUCUCAUCUGGAGUCAAUUAAUGAAGAUGAAAUUUUUGACGGGGAAGACAUCGGUCCAAUGGUCAGUCCCCUUCAGCGCCUCCAUGACAGAUUUGGCUCAGUUGGAUCCGAGUCCGUGGCAUCUGACACGUCCACAACCUCGGAGAGGGACUUUAGGAGGCGCCAUCAGGCUGUCUCCAGGAAAUAUGUACAGAGAAAAUCCAGCACCCAGGCAUAUCACAGAAUAUCUCAGAGAUACUACGAGACUGACAAGAUGCUGACUGUGGUGAAGAGACCAGGAGAUGUGGACUUCGGAUUUCAUUUCCAGGGCAGCCAUCCUCCCGUAGUGUCCACUCUGAAAUCAGGUGGAGCUGCAGAGGCUGCAGGAUUGGAGGUUGGGGAUCUUAUAACUUGUAUUAAUGGGGUGGAUAUCAUGGCUUGCACACACAGUGAAUGUUUACAGCUUUUACAAAGCAAUUCAGACAGUGUGGACCUGGAGAUCACCUCUGCUUCCAAUAACAAUCUGCCUUAUCACGUUGGCAGUAGAGACUCCAAGGUCCCCAUGCUUACUGGCUACCUGCUUAAACAGAGCUCUAACUACAUCAAGUCCUGGAAGAAGCGCUGGUUUGUCCUCAAACAAGAUAACUGCCUGUAUUAUUAUAAGACUGAGAAGGAAAAAGAUCCAUUGGGUGCCAUAUUGCUUAGCAACUAUACCAUCACCAAGGCAACCGAUAUACACAAACGGCAUGCAUUCAAAGCUCUUAAAUAUGGGUCCAGAACUUACUACUUUGUGGCUCAGAGUGAGGAGGAGAUGUCCAGAUGGGCAGAUGCUCUGAAUCAGGCUGCUCAAACUUCUAAUAAGAUGGACACAUGGAUAGAUGUUAGCAGUCAGAAUGUGGAUCUUCCAGCCCUGUCAAUCAAAAACCCAGAUUGCCAUGGUUACCUGCAUAAACUUGGCACAAAUCGACAUAAGUGGCAGAAGCGUUACUUUGUCUUGAAGGAUGCUUGCAUGUAUUACUACACUGAUGUGGCCUCUAAUACAGCCAAAGUGGUUGAUUCCCAGUGGAAGGAUGGAUGGGCAGAUGCUCUGAAUCAGGCUGCUCAAACUUCUAAUAAGAUGGACACAUGGAUAGAUGUCAGCAGUCAGAAUGUGGACCUCCCAGCCCUGUCAAUCAAAAACCCAGAUUGCCAUGGUUACCUGCAUAAACUUGGCACAAAUCGACACAAGUGGCAGAAGCGUUACUUUGUCUUGAAGGAUGCUUGCAUGUAUUACUACACUGAUGUGGCCUCUAAUACAGCCAAAGGCGUGUCACAUCUCCAUGGAUACACAGUUGAUGAGAAUCCCAAGGUGGGAAAGAAGUUCUCCAUUGGUCUUAUUCCACCAGAGACGCGGAUGAGAUCAUUUUAUUUCUGUGCUGAAAAGGCGUUUGAUAAGGAUAGAUGGGUUGCAGCACUGAGGACUUCCAUAGGCAGAUGGGUGAAGGCAGAUUGAAGAUGGCAAAAAAUAUGCUGAAAGAAGCAAAAAAUAAACAGCAUGAAGUUUGAAAAAAAAAAUAUGGCCCAAUCAUGCUGUUUUUUAACUCUACCUGUAUUUUAUGAAUAUUCAUCAGUCCCGUAAGUUUGAAGACAAAUAGUAACACUAUUUUACUCUUAUCGGGUUAUCACUGAGAGUGCACGGCGACGAUGGGGACGGCGAUGGUAGAUGCAGGUGACAGCUAUAUGUACAGACAAAUCUGCAUCUGUACAUAAAAAGUAAUGAAUGGAGUCACUAAAAUAAAUGCGCCUGAUCAUAGUGCAUAUAUAAAAUGAGUUGCAUAAUUGUAACUACUGUACAGUCAUAUGGUGUGGUAUGAUAUGUAAUAUGCCAUUUAUCAAACAUUAUUCUUUCACACUGGACAACAUCAAAACAUAUAAAGGAAACUCUCAGUUUUCUGUGAAAAGUGAGUGACUUUGUAAUUGAUACUCUUUCACAAAAAAAAAUUACGUAAUACUAAGCCAAUUAUUAAGAUAGAUAGUGGCAUUUAUUGUUUUGUUUUAUCAUUUAAUCAUUGUGAUAUGUGUUACUAGUUUCAGUAAAGACAUAUUUGUGACAAUAUCACCCUUUAAAAGUGGGUUGCCGCUCUGAACUGAGCAGACUUAAUUAUGUACCAUAUCCAAAUAACAUCAGAGAAGGACAGUGAGUAUACAGUGAACUGGAAAAAUGUAUAAUCCUCUAUUUAAUUAUAGUUGACACAGAAGAUCAUCAGACUGGUGAAAGAUGCACUGAUGUCACCAUAUCAUUUAUAAUUGAAAGAGGGGGUGAAGCUAUAUGUUAUUGGUGAUGUCAUUAAGGGGAUAAUAACUCUUCAUAUGAGAUCUAUAUUUCACAAAAAAAAAACAUUGUGAAUAACUCAUAGAAAUAUAA